AGUCUCGCUGCUACGCUAAACAAACCCUCUUCUUCUUCCCCGCCUUCCCCGCCUCCAAAUCCAUUCCCAAAUCUGAAACACGCGCCUCAAUCUCUGCGCCGAGAAAGAGAGAAAUUCCCGCCCUCUCAAUCCCGCCCCCCAUUCCCAAAUCGGGGACUCCCAACCUUUUUAAUCGGAGCCUCCGCUCGGGAUCCCUCGAUUCGAUCAUCAGGAGAGGGGUGAGGGCGCUUGGUAGUGUUGUGGGAGUGAUUUCCCCAUCCAUCGAUGAAAGCUUCGAUCAAGUUCCGGGAGGAUCGGGCCCCCUUGGUCCGCGCCAAGGUCCCCGUCGGCGUUCUCGGCCUUCCCUUCGUCUCCGGCGUCACUGCCGCCGCUGGCCGAGGCGGCGACGAAGAUGCCCGUGAACUCCGCCUCGACCUCUCCACCGCCUUCCGUGCCGGCCCCUCCGUACGCCUCUCGUACCGCCCCAACGAUACCAUCAACCCCUUCUCCCUCGUCCUCAAGAUCGGCGUCGGUGCCCUCGGCUCCCCCUCCGCCGGCUCCCCUCUCUCCAUGGCCGCCGAGUUCGGCCUCCUCGGGUCCCGCCCCACUUUCUCCCUCCUCCUUAAGCCCCGCAUCGGCGACUUCUCCUUCCGGAAGUCCGUCUCCGCCGCGGUCCCAGCCACCGCCACGGGCGCCUCCAACGCCGUGGCUGUCACGGUCGCGCCAGUCGGUGACGGUCACGCUAUCGGGGCGCCGAUUGAGUUCCGCUCCGAUAAUGGGAUCCACCCCGGAAGGAAGUACAGCAGCUUCCCAGUAGACCUCUCCGCGUUCGCGGCCGGCAGCGGAGGCGGGAUCGAUGGGCUGCUCUCCGGGUACGAGAUCAGCGCGAAGAGCGUCCUUCCGCUCCAGAACCGCACGACCGUCCGGUUCAAGUGGGGAUUGAAAGUUCCUCCGGAGCUCCGCACUUCGUUUGAUGAUCCAACUGCCGGGAUCUCGCCGAACAAGCUGCCGCUCCUCGUGAUGAACAAGAUCUCCAUCGAACGCUCGACAGAUGACAAGAAGGCGAAGGAGAAGAAGCCUUGUGGAAUCACUGACGUGAACGAUGCGUGUAUGUCAGUGAAGCGUGAGGUGGAGACGCUGCAGGUCGAGUGCGGUCUGCUGAGGAGUUCCGUGGAUGGGCUCCGGGCAGAGACCGGCAGCCGGAAGCAUGCUUCGGUAGCUUCACCGGUGGUACGGAAGAGGGACUGCCGGAGCGAUGGGAAGUCGUUGCAGAACACAGGGAAAUCUGAGGGCACGACCGAAGAGCUAAUGCAGCUUUCGACAGCAAGCACCGCCGCUAUGGCACCUUGAGAAUGGUAAUGAAGGUUUGGUACUUGUGUUUAUAUAUUUGGUGAAUCCAUGCGACGAUAAUAGCUAUGAGAUAGAUUAUGUGCUAUGUUUGCUUUGGCAUAGUUUUGGUAGAAUAGUACUCGUAAAUGAUGUCCAUGUUUGCUAUCGUAAUCAGUUCAUGCUAUUGCAUUUAGUCCUCGUUUAUAUUCAAUUAAUGACGUUUUGUUCUCAGAUAACCGCUCCAUUUGACUGUUGAUUA